CAGCGCUGCCCUCAAAUCAAACAAAUCAAAUCCGUGGUCAUAUUUGAUUUAUUUGACACUUUUUGGCACUGGAUUUGUUGUUUGAGAUAUUUGAUCAAACAUUUCAAAUGUUCCAAAUCUCAGCGCCGUGGUUCUCCGAUGUUAUUCCCGGCCUCCCAGCGGGGCUAUUUGUUGCGACCCUAGACCUCGAGUACGCGAACCUCAUCUCUUCAGCCAAUCGCUACUUGCCACCAAAGACCAAGCCAAACCCCCACCAGCCGGAAUACAUCCAACCUUCACCAAAAGAUCAUCUCCUAGGCACCAUGCACGAUCUCAAGUGCAGGCUGUGCUUAUCGGCAAUUUCAUAGACCGCAACUGGAAAACGGUCAAAAAAAGCCUCUUAACCAUGAUAGGUUUCCUGGUACAUUCAUUUAGUUGCCAUUCCCAGAAUGGACUACCCUAGUUUUAUAGACAAUGAUCGUUCUGGUUCUUCACCUCUCCUAAUCGCGCUUGACGGCUAAGGGCGAGCAAAACCAGGCCGGUCGAGAAGGGGUUAGU